AGUGGAGUGGGCCAGUGGGGUUAGGUACUUGUUCAUACCAAACUCAAUCCAUUGAUCUUCCUCUUGCCUGCAACAUUGCGCUUCAAUUCAACAUCAAAUGACAAAAUCACAUCAUACCCAUUUCACAAAACUCUAAUUCCUAUACUGGGCAUUAAUCAUUUCCCCUAAAUUUCAUCCUAUAAAACCUAAAUUCAAAUCCAUGGAAGAAGAAGAAAUAGGGGUGAAUAACCCAGUUGAAAGAGAAGAAAUCGAGAAAAAUAAGACCAAAAAAACUGGAAUUUCAGGUGUAAUAAUGUCAGCUGUAAAUUGGAUAAUCAUGUUAUGUGAUGAAUUACACUGGAGUUUUGUGAUGGGUGUGAUUGCAGUUUAUGGUAUUAGUCAAGGGUUAAGUAUGGGAUUAAGCCGUGUAACUAUGCAGUAUUAUAUGAAAGAUGAGCAGAAGAUUCAACCCUCUGAAGCUCAGAUUUCAAUGGGAGUUGUAAGAUUUCCUUGGGUUGUUAAGCCUUUGUGGGGUCUUCUUACUGAUGUUGUUCCUCUUUCUGGCUAUAGAAGAAAGCCUUACUUCAUUUUUGCUGGGUUUCUUGGGGUUAUAUCGAUGCUUGUUCUGUCCAUUGUUGAUGGACUGCAUCUGGUGCCUGCUGUGCUGUGUCUCAUGGCUGGAAGUGCUGGGGUAGCGAUAGCAGAUGUGACAAUAGAUGCGUGUAUCACCGAAAAUAGUAGCAGUCAUCCUACACUUGCUAGUGACAUGCAAAGUUUGUGUGGAUUAAGCUCUUCAAUUGGAGCUCUAGCAGGGUUCAUAAUAAGUGGAUUUCUUGUUCAUCUAGUUGGGUCCAAGGGUGUGUUUGGCCUGUUAACAAUUCCACCUGCACUGGUUGUUUUGGUUGGGUUGACAAUUAAAGACUCUCCUGUGCGGAAUUUCUCCUAUAGUAGGGUAAAUGAGAAGUUCAGUGAUGCUACCAAAGCUAUGUGGACAACAUUGAAGUCCCAGCAUGUAUGGAAGCCAUGUCUCUACAUGUUUUUGUCACUUGCUCUUGGCAUAAACAUCCAUGAAGGACUGUUCUAUUGGUAUACAGAUGGGAAGGGAGGUCCAUUAUUCUCGAAGGAGAUAGUGGGAUCCAUAUAUUCAGUAGGGGCACUUGGUUCACUUUGUGGGGUUCUUCUUUAUCAGAACAUGUUGAAAAAUCGACCUUACCAUGACUUACUUUUCUGGACACAGUUGCUGCAUUGUGGUUCAGGAAUGCUGGAUCUAAUAUUGGUGCUUCGUCUUAAUCUGAAUCUUUAUAUUCCAGAUUACCUGUUUGUUGUAAUCGAUGAAGGAGUAUCUCAUAUGAUAGGACGUCUUAAAUGGAUGCCUUUGCUUGUUCUUAGUUCCAAGCUUUGCCCUUGUGGGAUCGAAGGAACAUUCUUUGCAUUGUUGAUGUCCAUUGACCAAGUUGGAAUGCUUACCUCAACUUGGGCAGGAGGUUUUGUUUUACAUAUUUUACACGUAACACGGUCAGAGUUUGAUAACCUUUGGCUUGCUGUUCUAAUCCGUAAUCUUUUAAGGUUAACACCAAUAUUUUUGCUGUUUCUUGUACCAAGAACUGAUCCAAACCUGCCAGUGCUCCCUUCUGAAAUAUCAAAGACAAAAAGGGACACUGAAAAUCUUGAGAUGGCCUCUCUUCUCGAUACCAGCUGAUCAUAACAUCAUAUCUCAGUCACUGUUGCUCAAGAACAAGUCAGAGUUGAUGAUCAAAUGUUGUAUCACUGUGCGAAGUGGCACCAGGCCGGUAUGAUUACUGGGAGCCAUUUUUCCUAGAAUUUUGGAGAUCGAGAUGAAGUUGACUACAGUUUUUAUCAAGACUGAAGAAUCAGUUAAUGGUUAGAAACUUCUCUGCUGACCUGUAAUUCUCCUAGCUAAGACAUCAUUGUAGUUACUUUUUUUUUUCCUAUUGUUUUGCAGGAAUGAUGACUUCUCUGUAAAAGUUAGCAAAGUAUAGACAGGCUAAUUUAGUCUUGGAAAAUAAAUACUAUACCAUUAUUUUUUCUAUACAUGCCUGUAACUUUAUUGCUGCUGCUAAAUAAAGCAAUUAUCUGUCAUCACUCAUCA